AUGUCCCUAGCCAAUUGCUAUGGCGAGAAUUGGCGGCUCUUCGAGUUAGAGAACGCCGUGCCUCUCUCUGGAAGCCAUUCUUGGGGCCGCCUCCCCUUCCUGUCGGACCUACUUGUCCGCCGCCUCGUCCGCCCCGUGAUGCCUGUGUCGAUAGGCGACGAUUAUCCGUAUUCGCCACCGCCCUUUGACGUGGCGUCUGCUGUAGUUUCCCCUCCGACCGUAUCGUCCCCAGCACCGGCGGCUGUGGGGAUGUCGCCGCUUCCUGCUCCUGGAUCUGCGCCGUCGUCCGUGACUCUUGCUGGCCCGACCCCUGCGCCUGUUGUGGCGCCAGCUCCUGUUGUGGCGUCGUCGUACGCGCUUGCCGUGGCGCCUGAUCCUGCGCCCGCCUCGGCGCAUGCUCCCGCGCCCGGCUCGGCAUCUGCUCCUGCGCCUGCCCCUGCGCCAGCUGCGGCGUUUGUUCCUACGCUUCCUCCUGCGCCUGCUCCGGCGAUUCCCCUUUCCCCUGAGAAGGAGUCUGUGCCUGUGCCUAUUGUCGCGGCCUCGUCUGCGUCUGUUGGGGCGGCCUUCGUGCCGCCACAGGCUGCGCCCGCCGGGGCGCCUUCUGCUGCUGCUGCGGACCCGCCUUACCCGCCACCUCUAGCCACCAGCGCCGGCCUGAGCCAGGCGCGGGUUCAGUCAACGCCCGUGGCGCCUCCGCUUGCUCCGUCCGGGCAGCCUCGUCGCCCCCAGUCACCUGCCCGCCGCCCGUCUCGUCCUCAUUCGCCCCUCCAGCACGAUGAGCGGGAAUCGUCGCGGCGCCGGCAUGAAUCUCCUCGGGGCCGCCGCUCUCAAGGGAACUGGACUGCGCGCCGUGGCGCUCAAGGUGGCUGGUGGGGAGGUCACGGCUAUGGACGUGGCGUUGCCCCUGAGAUGACUCCAGCGGAAAUCCGCCAACUUGUGACGGCGGCAGUGCGUGAUGCUCAGGCUGACACGACGGGCACGAGCUACUCGCAGCAAGCGGCGCCGGGUCCUGGCGUUCCUUCUCCUGCUGCCCGCCCCGUUGGUGUUCCCCAACCGGCUCCUGUUCUCGGGGUAGAGACAGCGGGCACCAAUCUUCAGCUGCCGUGGGUCCCGCCUGUGGCGGGCAUGGAGUUUGUGGGGGCGGGAGUUGGAGCGGCGGGGGGGCAGUACCGUCCUCCUCUUGCGGCAGAUGCCGUUCCCGCUGCUGCUGCUCCUCAUUUUCCUUAUCCGGCUGUAGAGGCUCUUCCCCCGCAGGUGAGCGUGCCGGAGGCGACGCUCGGCCAGAUGUGGCGGCUCUCUGAGAGCCUGCGUGCACUCCUGCUGAUUCAGGUCCAAGCGCACGCCUCUCUGUCCCGGCCUCCCCGGGGUGUUCUUCUUGAUAGACAGAGGGCGGAUUGCCUUGAGGCGGCCGACCAACUCGGCCUGCUCCUGGCGCCCGUGUUGGCUGCGCCCACGCUGGGAGGUUUCGCGGCUGUGGGGCAACUUGAAGCCGCGGUUCGUGGCCUGCGCCGUUAUUUGCGCGCAGUAUCUGCAGCCGAUGCGAUCGGCGCAAGCUCCUUGGUGGUACGGGAGCUGUGGAGGACCCAUGCUAGGAUUCUUGCCGCUCUGGAGGCGGACCGCAUGUAA